AGCGUGUCAUCGAGGAACAAUCGGGCCGGAAUGCGUGUGGCAGAUUGCUCGAGCAAAGUGUCGCGGUCAUCCCACCGACCCGUACACGAUGGUCCUGCUAAAAGGAAUGGUUUUCCAUCCAUCACAGACUUCAAAGCGGCCGCUUUCAGGCUUCGCUCAAUGGUGGCGGUGCAGGUGUUUGUCCCUCAACAAAGACACCGCUUCCUCCUCCUCUUUUGCCAUGGGACUAAACUGACUGGUCAAUUAAUGAAAGAGAAACUCACGCCACCUUGUGAUUGUGAUACAUGGGACCCCCGCGAUCUAUCACCUCCUCCUCCGAGAAGGAUCGGCAGCUACGCCGCCUGAUAAACCGACACUCCAUCCAGACAUCCCUCAUCCACGACCGCCUCCGCGCGACCCAACAAACGCUCGACACGCACGCAGCGGAGCUCGCGGCCGAGCGCCGGACCUCGGAGAUGCUCCGCAGGAAACUCACGGUGUGCGAGGAGCGCGCGCGGGCUGCUGAGGGGGAGCGGGACGAUAUGCGGGAGGCCGUGGAGGAGCUGGUGAGACGAGUGGAACGAUCUGGGGAUUUGACUGGGAGCGCUUGGCGGUGUGGUAGGCUGCGGGCGACGACUUUCUUGGAUCCCUCUGAGGCCCUCGCCCCCAUCCCUGCCCCACGAGCCCCGACGACGACGACGAGAUACGCAGCGUCCGUCAUCGCGAGCCUCACUGCCGAACGCGACACAGAGAGGCGAGCCCACGAGCGGACCGCCACAGUCGCCAAGAACACCAUCGCGGUCCUGGAAGCCCAGCUCGCGCUCCGCGAGGCUGAAUUGGAAUCUUGCUUGGGGCAUGUCCCGAGUCUAGAAGAGGAAGAAGAAGAAGAAGGGGAGGAAGAGGAGGAGGAAGAACCCGGGGGGAUGUCGGAUGGGGAAGCUCUCCGGGUGCUUGAGCUCAGUGCGUUGAGGCGGCGGAGGAUCGAGAUGGAGACUAGGGAUUUGAGUGCCAAGCUGGAAAGUCUUCGAUCCCGAGCUGCCCCUUCUCCACCUCCACCUCCCGCUCCUCCUGACCUUGACCUUAACCUGCAGAGUCCAAUCGAUGCUCUGAACGCCCAAAUCCAGCAAUUCGCAGCCCUGAUAGACUCCUUCCGAGCGGAACGCCAGAGACUGCGCGAGAUGAUAGAGUUGGUACGGGUGCCGCAUCUACCGACCAACAUCAACUUUCUUUAAUCAUUCACCUACUUAGGACUCCUCCGCGGGAUCUCUACCACCACCGCCACCACCGCGGGAGAAGGUAAACGUGAACUUCCUUUCCCCCCCCCCUUCCGCUCUGACAUUCUGAUUUAUUUUCUCUUUCUGCAGAACCUCCUCGAGGCAGAGGAAGAUGAGAUUCCCAUGGGCCUCGCUACGCCGUUGUUCCCUACCACGCUGUAUCCGUAU